CGAAUGGCGACGUCGUUGUCAAACAUGCUUUUCAAGGGAAUCGUAGCUCGUUCCCUUAGCAGGCCCAUGCUGGCAGUUAAAUGGAUCAUUCUAUCGCAUGAGAUACUCAACUACUGUGUCAACUGAUUCUGACACGCAUGAUGACUUCAAGCCAGCUAAUAAGCUUGAGAGUUCUGGCAUUUCUUUAACAAAUGUUAUUGAGCAUGAUGUCAACGGUAAUCCUGUUAUGGUUUACAUGAAAGGUGUGCCUGAUUUUCCACAAUGUGGAUUUAGUUCGCUUGCUGUUAAAGUUUUAAAACAUUAUGAUGUUCCAAUAAGUGCUAGAAACAUUUUGGAGGAUCCUGAACUGAAAAGUGCAGUAAAAGCAUUCAGUAACUGGCCAACAUUUCCUCAAAUUUUCAUUAAGGGAGAGUUUGUUGGGGGAUCAGAUAUUAUUCUUAAUAUGCACCAGACUGGUGAGUUGAAGGAAAAGCUUAAAGAUGUUACUCCCAAGCAGUAAACACGGGCAUAAGAUGAUUGAAUUUUAAGAGUUGUGGUGUGUUUGAAUUCACGUUCAAAAGCCAGUAAACAUGGAUCAACAC